AUGUCAAUAGUAACAACCAUCGACAUCGCCUCACCCCCCUCGCAAGUCCGCAACAAAUUCCUCGACUUCGCGUCACUAUCCAAAUGGCACACUUCCUUCUUCUCAUCCAUCGAACCACACGGCACCCUGGAGCCCGGACAAAAACUCCUCGUGCAUUUUGCAACCGGUGGACAAAAAAUGAACCCCGUCAUACAACAAAACACACCGACUACAUUUGCAUGGACGGGAAGCAUACCAUUCGUGUUCACGGGUACACAUUAUUUUCGGUUUGAGGAGAGUACAGCGGUACCUGGGGGUUGUCGCUUGACGCAGAGUGAGGAGUUUAGCGGGGCGCUGGGGUGGCUCAUGGGUGCGAGCGCUGUAGCGAAACAAGUGGGAUUUGCCGAAAAGACAAAGAAGGGAUUCGAGUUGUUCAAUGCGGAUUUGAAGGCUGCUUGUGAGAAGGGUGCCUGA